UGCCAGUGCUUGUGAGCGGCCAGCGCGGGGGUGCGUCCUGUCGAAGAGCGCUGCGUAGUUCCUCCUGGUUCUUCUUCUCCUUCUCCGCGCGGUGCCCAGGGCUGGUCUGAGGGGCGGCUCCGUCGAUGGCCAGCUUUCCCCCGAGUGUUAACGAGAAGCUCAUCGGAAGAUCCCGGACGAUAGGGGAACUCUUAGCUCCGGCUUCUCCCUUCGACAAGAAGUGUGGGCGUGAAAACUGGACAGUUGUCUUUGCUCCAGAUGGCUCCUAUUUUGCUUGGUCACAAGGCCACCGCAUAGUCCGACUGGUUCCCUGGUCUCAGUGCCUUAAUAACUUUUCGUUGCAUGGCGUCAAGAAUUUCGCCAACAUCAGCCAUUCCAGACUUUCCAGGCAGAACAGCAGUGACGACCAGAAAAGCAAGCUGCGUGAACAUGUCAUCGACUGUGGCGACAUCGUCUGGAGCCUUGCGUUUGGCUCUUCGGUGCCUGAGAAGCAGAGCCGUUGUGUCAAUAUCGAAUGGCACCGCUUCACGUUUGGCCAGGACCAGCUCCUCCUGGCCACUGGCUUGUCCAAUGGGCGGAUCAAAAUCUGGGACGUGUAUACAGGGAAGCUCCUCCUUAAUCUAAUGGACCACACCGAAGUUGUCAGAGACUUAACUUUUGCCCCUGACGGGAGCCUGGUGCUGGUGUCUGCCUCAAGAGACAAAACACUAAGAGUGUGGGACCUCAAGGAUGAUGGAAAUAUGGUGAAAGUGUUAAGAGGGCACCCAAACUGGGUCUAUAGCUGUGCUUUUUCUCCGGACUCUGCGGUCCUCUGUUCCGUGGGGGCGAGUAAAACAGUCUUGCUUUGGGAUAUGGACAAGUACUCCCUCAUCCGGAAACUGGAAGGCCACCAUAACGAUGUGGUAGCCUGUGAGUUUUCUCCUGACGGAGCCUUACUGGCUACGGCAUCUCACGACACUCGGGUUUAUGUUUGGGAUCCGUAUACUGGAGCCAUUCUGAGGGAGUUUGGGCAUCUGUUCCCCCCUCCUACCCCUAUCUUUGCUGGGGGAGCCAAUGACCGGUGGGUCAGAUCCGUAUCUUUCAGUCACGAUGGGCUGCAUAUUGCGUCCCUUGCUGAUGACAAGAUGGUGAGGUUCUGGAGAAUUGAUGAAGACCACCCUGUGCAAGUGGCCCCUUUGCACAACGGCCUCUGCUGUGCCUUUUCUACGGAUGGCAGCGUUCUAGCUGCCGGAACGCAGGAUGGAAGUGUGUGCUUCUGGGCCACCCCGAAACACGUCCCCAGCCUCCAGCAUCUCUGCCGCCUGGCAAUCCGGAGGGUGAUGCCCACCAGCCAAGUGGCGAGCCUGCCGAUUCCUUCCACGAUGGUGGCGUUUCUUUCCUACCGGACCUAGAAAGGCGCACGGUGGUGGUGGAGGUGGUGGAAGUGUGUGCUGCUGACAAACCGAAUGAAAUAAACCAUCAACAGCUUUAUCACCGUUGAGCUUAAAACUUGAAAUCCACUUGAUUAUUAUUAUUUUUUUAAGGGGAAAAUCAAAGUCCUGAGUUUUGACCCUGUGGUGUUUUUACAGGCAAUAUUUACCGAAAAGAACAAUUGCAAUGUUUCUGAGGUUGUCAGACAGUUUUUUAAAAAAUCUGUGAAAACUUGUAUAUAAUUAGACAUAAGCUAUGUGCCGUCCAUGUAUCUCUUCUGAUUGCUUUCCUGAUGUGUAUCGUGUCGUAUCUAUAUUGUGUCUCUAGAGCUACAGAGUAUAUUGGUGCUGUAAAGUGGAGAAAGCUCCUGAUUUGGGGGCACGCAGAGAGGUGAGCAAAAAUUGACAAAUCUUAAGGGCUUUUGUCCUGUGCAUGUUGGAUAGGGCUCUGAGAACCAGCCCCCAACCAAGCCGUUUCGUCUUGUGGAACAGAAGUAGUGAGUUUCCCCUCCUCAAGCCCCACAGUUCAUCGGGAAGGGGAAUAUGGGGUGAGCCGGGGGGCAGGGCUUGAGAUGCCUACUCUUGUCAGCGAGCAGAUGUAUCCCCUUCAGGGUGGCCUUAAUUUUGCAACAAGGUGGAAAAGUUGAAAUUCUGGAUCAUCUGGGCUCUGCAGCCUCUGAAAUCCAUCUACUGUAUUCCUGCCUGACAACUUCUCUCGUAAUAGGUGAACUUUUCACAGGCUCAGUUCCUUCACUGUUCUGUUACCCUUUGUCUUUUCAAAGGGGUGGUCCUGGUGAACUACCAAAGACGAGCAAUGUUUUGUUUUGUUUUAUGUUUGCUUUUGCCUUUUGUUUAUCUGUAUCUGCAGAUACAAAGAAUGUAUGCAUUGCAUAAAAUGCCUAACUAUAUAUAUUUUUGUUGAAACUUUUUUGUAUUAAAGAAUUGUACAAAAACA